AUGUCUGCCAAAGCUGCCACCAAAAACGCUACUAAGGUUGCCGUCAAAGCACCAGAAGCAACUACACCAGUUGAAACCAAAAAAUCAAAGAAAGACAAUGUCAUGAGAGGUCUCAGAAUUGAAAAGUUAGUUCUCAACAUUUGUGUUGGUGAAUCUGGUGAUAGAUUAGUUCGUGCUGCUAAAGUACUUGAACAAUUAACUGGUCAAACCCCAGUCUACUCUAAAGCUCGUUACACUGUCAGAUCUUUCAACAUUCGUCGUAAUGAACAAAUCGCUGCUCACGUCACUGUCCGUGGUGAAAAAGCUGCUGAAAUCUUAGAAAAAGGUCUCAAAGUUAGAGAAUUCGAACUCCGUGCCCGUAACUUCUCAACCCAAGGUUCAUUUGGUUUUGGUAUCCAAGAACACAUCGAUUUAGGUAUUAAAUACGAUCCAUCAAUCGGUAUUUACGGUAUGGAUUUCUUCGUCGUACUUUCACGUCCAGGUUUCCGUGUUGCUCACAAAAAGAGAGCCGGUGCUAAAGUUGGUUUCCAACAUAAAAUCGGUAAAGAAGAUGCCGUUAACUGGUUCAAAACCACUUAUGAUGGUAUUGUUAUUGGUGGAAAGAAAUAA